CUGCUAACAUAUGGAGUCAGAGUUGGAACUGAGAUUUUGCUUCGCAUGUUUAAGCUGUCUCGCAGACAGUCCUACUCUUCCUUGCUCGAUCUUAAGUGCAAUCUGCAACAAGGGAUGGAGGGAAAUCCUAUUGCUGAAAUCAUCCAACCCAUCGAUAUGAUGAAGUUGAGAAUUCAAUUGGGUCUGGGAUCAGCUGGACAAGUUGCCAGGACCAUGAUCAAGGAGGAGGGUUUUGGUUCAUUGUAUAAGGACCUGAGUAACCAACCUAGGUUAUUGCAAACCCAACUUUCCGAAAUAAAGAAGAAAUUAAGGUGAAUGCUAGAAAAUUG